UUUUCUUUUCUUUUCUUUUUUAUUCUUUUAUGAGUACUAUUUCCUUUGAUUUUGAAGACGAUCUGGCUGACUUGCAGCGUUUUUAUAGUAAAAGCAAAGUCAUUGACCUUGAAAGUGUGGAUGAUGAUGAGUGGAAACAUGUUCGCCGUCAGUUAGUUACACCAGCCCCAUCAGUGUGUUAUGAAAGAGCGCUUUCAAGGUGUGAAAGUGUAAUGCUGUUUAAAAAGAUUAGUAACGGUGAAAAUGAUGUAGAAUGCCUGGAUUUGGAAUCAAAUGACCUUAAAGACUUUAUUGAUAAUCAUUCAGUUUUAAUGGAUGAUUAUACUCAUACGCCUACAAAUAUAUCUGCAAUUAGUAAACCAUAUCGUGUUGAACGAAUGCAAGAAACGCAGAGAAAAAUACCUAACAAACGAUUAGAAGAAUUACAGAAAAAGAUAACCAACACUAGCAUCAAGGCAGUAGAAAAUGAUAGAGUCAAAAGUAUUCUUGCCAGGCGGUCAUCCAAUAUCAUAGAGUGUCCUCAGCGGAAAAGAAGGUCAUUUGAAAUGGAGCAACACAGGCAACCAAUAGACACGGUGACACGAAUUAAAAAUAAUGCCACCCGUACUAUGGCAACGACGAGUCACCAGGAGAAGGGGCAGCGUCGAGAGACAAAGAAGUCUGUGACUGAUUCAGCAAGACAACUCUUGGCAACCAUACAGGAACGAAGAAAGAAUUCGAUCGUCGUAGAAGGAAGGUUUCAAUUGCUCAGCAAAAGCCACCACCACCAGACACAAGGACAGAGUAAUCAUAAAGAAAAAUAUUUUUCAAAGCGAUUAGAUACCCCACCAAAGAAGCAACCAGAAAAUGAUUAUCGAGCCUUUCUAUUGUCAAGGUUACCACAACCUGUGAGUUCUUACAGAUAAUGUGUGUGUCAAACUGAAAUAAAGUUUCAAUGGAGUUUAAAUUUAUAUGUAUCAAUGACCUAUUUCUCUUUUCUCGUUGUCUCAUCAGGGUAAAUCAAUAAGGAAUGAGUAGGGUAUUGUAUAAUUUUCUUGAGUUAUGUUUUUAUCAUACCGUUUAUUCCUUUUACUUUAGUUAAAGUAAAGGAUAUACUCUAGUAACGGAUAUUGUAUGCAGUCCGGAAGCGCAGUUGCUAUGAGUAAUUUGUUGUGUAACUGGGAGCUUUCUUUUAAUAUCUCUCUUCUUUUUUUCUUCCUUCUCGUUUUUUUCUUUGUUUUCUUACAAGAAUCUAGAUGGAGACACCCUAUUACACAGCAGCAUCUUCCUCUUCGUCAAGUAAUACUCAAUCAUUUAAUAUAACUUAUCCACAGCAACAGCAACAGCAACAGC